AUGCGUGGAGACAGACGCACGCUAACUUUUCACACAACUAAUGUACUCUCGCGCUUCGUAUACCUUUGCGCGUGUUUGGCACUCACGACUUCUUCAGAAUACGGCAUUCCCAUAGAAAUAAAGUUAUGGGACACGGGCCGAACGCCUUUAGCUCACAUGGUUGACGUUACAAAUGAAUUUGGUUUAAAAGUGCUUGCGGAACAUAAUUUUUUAAACGAUAAUAAUAUUGCUUUUUCGCCUUAUGGACUCAUGGGGAUUAUGGUGGCGCUUUACGAGGGUGUGGACGGAGAAUCCUCCUAUCAGAUCCAACGAGGAAUGCAGCUACCCUGGAAUAGAAAUAUUAUGAGAAUAGGAUUCCGUGACAUACACCGCACGUUAAAAACGUACUUCGUACCCGAGGAAGGAUUUCUAGCAGGUCUGGCUUUAAACAAUGAAAACGUCACAUUCAAUGAUCAGUAUAAAAAGAUUCUACGGUUUUACGGUUUUGAUUUAGAAAACGAUCAACUGCCAACACUUUCGCCAGAAACAAACAAUACGUCGAAUGAAACGAGUGCAGCAGCUACGACCAUGAGCCCCUCGAGUUCCGGAGACAGUUCAACAACCGCCAUGCUGUCAGUUGACGAACCAUCUCGUGACGAAAUCGUACUCGUGACUCCCCUAAAUAGGGAGGAGACUACUACUACAAUAAAUCCAAAUGCUGAAACAAUAAGUACGAUUGAUAUAAGGGGAGAUACGUCAACUGAAGCCAGUGUUUCUCUUGCGCCUAACGCCGCAAGUACUCUUUUGACUUCUGCUGGAACUGAAACUACUACCAGUGAAAGUGCUACUGAUAUGACAACUGCAGUGACAAACAUACAGAGCACAGUACCUCAAACUGAAACACCAACACCCGAACAGCCUACAACAAUCUUAACACAGGAAAAUACGACAACAGUUACCCCAAGGGGAGUAAUAAAUUCUGAAACAACAUUUGCUUCUUCAACAAAUGAGCCGACAACGAACAACGAAGUUGACACAUCAUCUGUAGAUAUGAGCACGGCUCAAAUGACAACGUCUGACGCCUCAACAAGCACAACACAGACGGAUGAUGCAAUACCAAGCACAAUUCAAUCAACGACGGAUAAUUCAAAUGUGGAAAGCCCAACGGAAAACGUCAUUACCUCUACAGAAAAUUCUCAGCAAACUGAUGUCACUUCAACAAUGAGCGAUAUCACUACAGUUACCAACUCUGUGACAACUGAGGCAAACAAUUCCAUGUUAGAGACCCUAGAACGUAAGAAAAGGUCAAUCGUUGAUUUUAUAUUUACCAAUCCUCCUUACGGUGAUGACUAUGACUUGUAUUAUAGAUCCUACGAAAUAGGUUCAGAAGGAACUAAAACAAAUUUUGACGACAAAAUGUUUUUGGCAAACGGGCUGAAAAAUAUACAGGUGACAUACAUGCACUAUGACACGGUACUGGAGCAUGCAUACCUACCUCAUUUAGAGGCUUCUGCACUACGAUUGCCGUUAGAUAGCGAUCGGUACUAUUUGCUAGUGGUACUGCCAACACGACCAGGUUCACCAGAAAUAGGGCGACUACUGUCGCGAAUGGCAAGGGAAUCUGAUUUGUCAGACGUAUACUCCGUGUUGCGACCGAGACGAGUAAAAGGGAUUGUGCCAAGCUUCAUUGUGAAAGGUCAUGUUACCUUAACCACAGAUUUACAAAAGCUGGGAAUUCGAGACGUGUUUGAACCGCGACAAAGGGAUUUCACUCCAAUGACCAAACAAGCUGGUGUUUACGUUCGCAGCAUAGAACAAGCCGUAUCCGUCGCCAUACGGAAGUAUAGACCCGAUGAUCAGAAGAAACACCGGUACGUAACAAAUCGAGAUCCAGUUGUAUUUUCUGCUACAUAUCCUUUUCUCUACUUCGUUAUGGAUGCUAACAUUCACGUGGCGCUCAUGGCUGGAAAAAUGGUAGACCCGCUUAACUCAAGAAUAUUAUAG